GAUAUUUGUUUGGUUGCUUUGGUGAUAGGAGUGGGUCUAUUGAUCUGGAAAAUCAUUGAGAACCGUAUGAGAAAACCCUAUAUAAAGGACAUCACAAAAGACAAGUAUGUAUUUAUUACUGGAUGUGAUACAGGCUUCGGUAAGGAGCUCACUAAGCAACUUGAUACCAAGGGUGUUCACGUGAUAGCCGCGUGUUUGACAGACAAAGGUCGCAUUGACCUUGAACAGACUACAUCCGAUCGGGUCACGACAUUGCUGCUGGAUGUGACUAAACAUGAAAGCAUCAUCGAUGUAUAUGAACGAGUAAAAAACAUCAUUCCACAUCAGAAAGCUCUAUGGGGUGUGGUGAACAACGCUGGAAUAGCGGGUACUCCUGGUUACCCCGAGUGGAGCAGACGAGACAAUUAUGAGAAAAUUAUGGCAGUCAACCUAUUCGGCGCUGUUGACGUCACGCUGACGUUUUUACCGCUUCUGAAGAAAAGCAGCGGUCGACUGGUGAACGUUACCAGCUGUGCAGGCCGCUUAGCCGUAGUAUCAGGAGGAUACUCUGAGUCCAAGUAUGCUUUGGAAGCUUUUUCAGAUGUGAUUCGGAGGCAACGCAAAGUCUUUGGAUACCAGUAUCAUGUCAGUAUAAUCGAGCCUGGGUUUUUUGCCACCAACAUCACAUCAGAGGAUUUCAUUGCUCAAACGGUAGAGGGCGCCUGGAAAAGGUUGACGGAUGAGGAGAAAGAAGAGUUUCCUGAAACAUUGAUGCAUAAAACUAUUGAAAAGAAUCACAAGCGCAUGAACUUCCUCGCAUCACAAGACAUCACACUGGUCACUCAUGCCAUGGAGCACGCCCUCUUUGCCCGAUGGCCACAAACCAGAUACAGUGUUGGCUGGGAUGCUAAGUUGCUAUGGAUACCGUUGUCUUAUAUGCCUGUAUGGAUUGUCGAUGCAUUGCUUUAGUAGUCAUCAAUUACUCUUCCUUAAGAAACUAUUAUUAAUUUGAUAAGAUACGGGCAACUAACUA